UUUGUUUUCCAUUCGUUUGAACAAACUUCGACACAACUGUUAACCAACUUAAAAGAAAAACAAAUCUAAAUAACAUAAUCUCACGAAAAUUCGAAAGUCCCGCAGACAGCGGAAACAAUGAUUGGUAAAUUAUCAGCUUGGUACCGAGACAAUGUCUCUGAGUCCGUGGAGUGUGUUUCAUGCCGAUUAAUAAGUGGAUUUGGUAUGCUCGGCAUUGGAGCGUUUCUACUCUCACAAGCAAAACGUCGUCGCUCACCUGUGGAGCACUAUGCAAUGAAAAGCAUUGCGGCAGUUGCUGGAUUUUUGGGUGUUGCACGUUUGGCAGACGCAGACUUUCUAAAGGCGAAGGCGGAACCCGUCAUGGAACAGAAAAAAGUUACAGGAGAUCAUCCGUUUUUUAAGCGCUGAUGUUAUUUAAUUAUAGACGCUUGUUAAAUUUAA